CUACUUCCGUUCUACUUUGCCUCUUACGUUUACGUGAAGACUUGCUAUUUUAGUAUAUAUUUUAGUCUCUUACAGCGGGUCGGAGCCGCUAAAAUAUGUCGAGGUGAACAACAACCAACGUUUUUCUGACGGACCAAGAGAAAACUCGUCUUAAACAGUGACAGGAAAUGGAUUUCCAGAAGUUGCUCCUCAGCGUGGGUAAAUCCUUGUCUGAUGAUGAGGUAGAAGCAAUAGCUUUUCUGUGUACUGACCUUGUGCACAGGAACCCAAACUCUGUGGAGUCUAUUAAUGGCCUCUUCUCCUUACUCAUAAACGAAGACCACCUGUCCGCUGAAGACCCAAGGCUUCUGGUGGAGCUUCUCCACACCAUCCAGCGUCAUGCUAUCCUGCGUGACCAUGGAGUCUCUGUACAACAGUUUACAUCUAGAGGUCUCAUCUCACCCUACAGGAAGCUGCUGUACCACCUCUCAGAGAACAUCACGGAUUCUGACCUUAAACAGAUCAAGUUCCUGCUAAAAGACAUCCCACGAAGAAAACUUGAACAAAACACUACGCUGGGGGUCUUCCUGGAGAUGGAGCGCAUGGACCUCAUUAAUGAAGAUAAUCUUGAUUAUCUUGAAGACAUAUUUAACUCAGUGUGUCCUGUGCUGAAUGAAAAGAUCCGUCACUUUAAGGAGGAAGUGUCACGUCCAAGGUCGUCAUCUUUGCCUUUUGUAUUAAACCAGAUCCCAAAACCUUUCACCAGGACUGGCUCAUGGAAUCUUAGUGAUCCACGACCUCCUUUGUCUCCAGUGAAUCCUUUCAACACCUCUUAUGAUGUUCACCAAGUUGGAAAUAGACCUGAGGCAGUGACCUGUAGACCAAAUGUUUCGGGGCAAAUGGCUUCUUUGGAUACAGUGUCGCCUCCAGAAAUCAGGGACUCAGAGUCCCGGGAAAAUGUUGAGGGUCUGAAUGUAUAUCCAAUGACUGGAGAGAAGAGAGGUAUCUGUUUGAUAGUGAGUAACAAUGACUUCUCUAAUUCCCUACAACCUUUAAAAGAAAGAGUGGGAACCAAGACUGACGAAUGUUCUCUGGAGAAAGUGUUUAAAUGGCUGGGCUUUGAUGUGCAGAUACACCGUGACUGUGAUGGGAAAAAAUUGCAGUCUCUGUUUGUGGAGCUCGGUAAAAAGGACCACAGGCUGAUGGACUGCCUGGUGUGCUGUGUUCUCACUCAUGGCGAAGAGGGGUUGGUGUAUGGUGUAGACGGCAGCUCUGUUAAGAUCAAGGAUCUGAUGCACCCCUUCGAUGGACAGAGGUGCCCCUCUUUACUUAAAAAACCCAAGUUGUUUUUCAUCCAGGCCUGCCAAGGCAACAAAGAGCAGCCACGAGUCCAAACAGACGGCACUGAAGAUGAAACCAGCAAUGUUUUUAGUGACGCGAAAAUUACUAUAGAGAGCAUCCCAUCUGCAGCAGACUUCCUGGUGGGAAUGGCCACUGUUCCUGAAUAUGUCUCCUUCAGAGACCGGAAACAUGGCACCUGGUAUAUCCAGUCAUUGUGCAGAAACCUUGUGAUGUUUGUGCCAAGGAGGGUCGAUCUUGUCUCCAUUCUCACAGAAGUGAACAACGAUGUUAGCAAGAAGACAGAUGAACUUCAGCGAAAAAAGCAAAUGCCUCAACCAGCCUUCUCACUCCGAAAGAGGGUGGUCUUCCCAGUCCCCAAAGAACCUCCACCGAACCUACAGUGAUUUUCUUUUUGUGUGACAAAACCAAUCCCUGAGACACUGGGGGUUAUUUUCCACUGACAUUUUCCAGUUUUGAAUCAGUUUCUGAGUUUUGAAGAAACCGGUUUAUCCGUUAUUACCGUAUAUACAAACCUCAUGACUCUCCUGCUCUUCGAAUGGGACAAAUACAUUUUUGCUCUCCACACGUUUCUCAAACUCUACCAACAGAUUCAUUUUACUGUGACCUUUGUGCUCUGUUGUUGAAAUUGAUUUAAAUCUUGCAGUUCAUCAUGCCUAUAUUUUAUUUGUAGGCAUACCUGGAUAUAGAGCUUCUUUCUUGUUUCAUUGCUAUGAAAGUACUUUGCUGUUUUUUUCCAGUUAAAUUGUUGUAUAGGAAAUGUAUGACUGCUUGCACAUUAUUUUGAAAUAUCACAAAGAAGCCAGCAUAACAAUACUACAACCUUUUCCUUCAUUUUCCUAUUCCAUGUUUCCUGAAUGUUGUUUCCGUGAAGUCAUGUGCUUCAAUCUGCCAUAAAUAAUUUAAUCAAUACUGCAAAUUGAUUAAAUUUGUUAAGGGGUGCAUAAAUAGAAAGGGUUCCUGUCACUAUGCCCAACUCAGGGAGAUUACGUUGCUUCAUUUGAAUUAUAAAUAUCUAUAUAAAAGGACUUUGAAAUAUGUUGUACAUAUAUUAUAAAUGAACUAAAUGAAUGUAAAAUUAUGAAAUAAACUAAACCUGAAGAAAAGGUA